UCCAACUUUCCCACCACAGUCUCUCCUUUGACAGCUCUCCUAAACCCCUAAGAAACCUCUCCUCCGUACGUAGCAAUGGAGAUGCACGACUCGUUACAAGUCCACAGAUUACCCCAAUCGAAGUACGUAGACGGAGUCAGAUGGCUCCCGCAAGCUUCCGCCCUGAACCGUUUCUUCGCAGCAGCCUUCCACGACCCGGACUCCGAAUCCUCCUCGAUCGAGAUCCAAUCCCUCGACCCGAACCCGAACAACACCCCCUCCGUCGUCUCGCUCUCCUCGUGGACUUCGCCUUCUCGCGUCUCCUCUCUGGAAGUCGUCGUCGGCGGCGGCGGCGGGUCCUUCAAGCCUAUGGUCUCCGCCAGUACGGAUUCCGGCUCGAUUCAUGUGCUGGCGGUUGAUUUGGUGGAAGGAGGUGCGGCGAUCGAGGAGGUUAGUGGGGAGAGGUUCCAUGUGGGACGCGUGGAGGGUGUGGAUUGGAGGGAGGGAGGAGAGUGUGUGACGGUUGGGGAUGAUGGGAGAGUGAAUGUGGUGAGGGUUGUGAAUGGGGAAGGGUUGAGGUACAGGAGGGUGUUUGAUGGGGAUGGGCUUGUGGGUUAUAGAGCUGUCAAGUGGGCUUCUCCGAGUGAGUUUGUUACUGGUGGGUUUGGUUUUGGUUUGCAGCUGUGGGAUCAGAGGAAGGCUGGUGAAGCUGUCUCACAGCUCAAUGGCAACUGGUUUCAAGGAAAAACUUCUGCAGUUGUUCACUCCAUUGACAUUCAUCCAUCCCGAAAGCACACUUGCAUUGCGGGAGGUUCUUCUGGUACUGUUUUUGCUUGGGAUCUCCGCUGGCCAAAACAGCCUAUCGUCCUCUCUGGUGUUGGGGCAAGCGAGGGUAUGAACAAUUCUCUGUCUGAAAGUGAGGUAUGGGAAGUUCAGUAUGACUCAUACACCAAAUCCAACAUCUCGUCCUCAAGGAUUCUCCCUGUUAUGACCUGCUCCGAAGACGGAAUCCUUGGUGUCAUCGAGCAAGGGGAAGAACCGGUCGAGCUUCUGGCUGAACCUUGUGCCAUUAACAGUUUUGACAUAGACAGACAGAAUCCACAGGAUGUGAUAUGUAGCUUAGAGUGGGAAUCCAUAGCAGUCUUCUCAAGGCCUUAGCAAAAAAAAACUGAGGAAGGUGGUGGUAUUAGAUGGUAAAAGACAAGUUUAAGGACAGUUUGUAUUCAUGUUACAAUCUGUACAAACAGAGUUUGUAUUCAUCUAAGUCUGUGAUGUCAAAGAUUUGCAGUUCUGUCUGAAAUUUCACUUCUGAAUCCGUCCCUA